CAAACCAAGGCAAAAAAAGAAAGAAGGGAAGAGGAAAAUGGCUAACCCGCAUGAGCCCCACUCGGAUCCAUCGCAGAGCCUCAUGAUCCUCCCGUCGGCACUCAUCGCCACCAUCCUGGCAAAGCUGGACGUGGCCUCCAUUUGCUCGGCCGCGUCCACUUGCCGGGCCUUCCACUCCUGCGCCUCCCAUAUCCUCUCCUUCAUCCCCAACUUUCACCUCCUCGAUAUUGGGCUUUCAAUUGAUUUGUUGAGGCCGUUGCUGAUGCCUACCAAUCCCUAUCUCCGGACCCUGCAAGUUGACUGCACUCGACUUGACGAUUCCUCCUUCGAUUAUCUUCUUCGCCCCUCCCUGCAAGAGCUUUCCCUUCACAAUUGUGCCGAUUUCACCGGCAAGCUUCUCUCUCAUAUUGGCCAACGAUGCAAGGGCCUCAGGUUUUUGUACUUGAGUUCAUUGGCUGAGAAAAGAGGGAGGUCAAUUGACGUGUCUGAUCUUGAGGAAUUACUCCUUGGUUGCACUGAGUUGGAAACUCUGAUCCUGAUGUUUGACGUAUCAAUGUUUGUGCGGCAUAAUUUUGCUCGUGUGUGGGCUUUGGCAACUUCAAAACUCGUUUCACUGGAAAUAGGAUUCAUUUCUUCAAUAAUGGUGACUGAACUGCUUAGCCCUCCUAUUGGCCCAAAUCAAUCAUCACAUCAUUUACGAACAUGCAUUUUCCCCGGCAUACAGAAAUUGAGCCUGUCUGUGGACUAUAUCACGGACACCAUGGUCAGUAUGAUAUCUGAAAGUCUUCCCUCAUUGACCCAUUUAGACCUUCGGGAUUCACCAAUUAUGGAACCAAGGGUUUCGUUUGAUCUCACCAACAUCGGUCUUCAACAAAUUAAUCUGCAUGGAAAACUGAAGCACCUUUCUUUAGUACGAAGCCAAGAGAUUUUCCCUACAUUUUUCAAGCGAGUAAAUGAUCUGGGGAUCCUUCUUAUGGCUGACAAGUGCUCGAGCAUGGAAAGCAUUUAUCUUGGUGGUUUCUGUCAGGUUACAGAAACAGGUUUUAAAACUCUUCUGCAUUCAUGUGCUAAGCUGUACAAGCUUAGGGUGUCUCAUGGGAACCAUCUUACUGAUCUCAUAUUUCAUGACAUUACUGCAACUUCCCUUUCUUUGACGCAUGUCAGCUUGAGAUGGUGUAACCUUUUAACCAACUUUGCUGUUACUCGACUGGCUUCCAACAGGGGUUUGGUUGUCCUUGACCUGAGGGACUGCAGAAACCUCGGGGAUGAUGCCCUUCAAGCAAUCAGCACCCUCCCUAAGUUAAAGACAUUACUACUAGAUGGUUCUGAUAUUAGUGAUAUGGGAUUGUGUCACUUGAGCAAGGGUAUGUCAAGUUCCCUUGUUUCAUUGUCUCUACGAGGAUGCAAGAGGCUUACAGAUAAGUGCAUCUCUUUUUUGUUUGAUGAUUAUUCAAACCGGGAAUUGAGAGAAUUGGAUCUGUCAAAUGUACCUAACCUCUCAGAUGCUGGGAUGCUGUUGCUUGCAAAAAGUCGUAUCCCGAUUUUUGAGCUGCGAAUGCGUCAGUGUCCUCUUAUAAGUGAUACUUCAGUAAUUGCACUGGCCUCAAUGAAGGUUGACGAAAAUGGUUGGCAGGGCAGCAGCUUGAGGUUGUUGGAUCUUUAUAACUGUGGUGGGAUUACACAACUCGCGUUCCGGUGGUUGAAGAAGCCUUACUUCCCAAGAUUGAGAUGGUUAGGGGUUACUGGAAGUGUCAACAGGGAUCUCGUGGAUGCCUUGACCAGGAAUAGGCCAUUCUUGCAUGUUGGUUGCCGUGGCGAGGAACUAGGCGCGGACCAGUGGGAUAAGUUAGAUGAUCUUUACAUUCAUGACCACGAGGAAGUUGAUGAAUUUGAACAGUGGCUUCUGGAAGGCGAGAACGGGAGUGAUGAAGAGAUGGAAGAAGCUGAAAAUGUUGAAGUGCUUCCAGAUUGAUCAUGCAUCUGUGGGCUUAUCAGCUUUCAAGUUCUGUUAUAUUAUAUGUGAAGAAAGUAGAUGACUUGAAGUCUGAUUGUGGUUUCUCGAGGGAAAAUGAGGAGUGGUCGAGAGAUGGAAGAAGACCUUGAAAUCAAGGUGGGGUGGGGAUGUUUUCUUCGGCCAUCUCAUGUUUACAUUAGUUGUACAGAUUUCAAAACCAAUCCAGCAAUGAUGCUUGGAAUGUUGUCCCUAUGUAACUUUUGGCUUCUGUGUGUAUCCCACAUGCUUUUGUGCAUAUGUUUGUAGAUAGUACUAACAGACGCAUUUCACUGAUUCAUGUUUGGGAAUCCAGUGUGCGCAUUGUAUUUUAGAGUGGCUAUUUUCCUCAAGUACAAAAACCUAUUUCUAUUUGGAUUU